CACGAACGCACCACGGGUCCUCGCGAGCUCCACCUCUGUCUCGCCCGGUCAGGUGAGAAAACUUUCCCAGGUUUAUGUCACCUGUGCUGUCACGUGUUACAUUACUAAGGGCUGACUGUGGAGGCGGUGAAGCUAGGCGGAUAACGUCCACCGUCCACAACCAUGGCUGAAUCCCAGCUUAUGUGCAUGGAGGACGGGCACAUCGGGGCCAGAAUCCCGGAGUCCAACCCGGAGUUCUACUACAGUGAAGAGCAGCGCGCGGCCGUCGAGGAGCUCCUGAAGAACGGCGAUGGCGCCUACAAAACACGGCUGAAAGAUGACAACAUUACAGACUUUUUAUCCGCGAGGGAGGUCAAACUCUUGGUUAACACUUUUAAACAUUACGACAUGUGUCAUGAGAGCAGCGGCGGCGGUCAGACGUCCGCCUGCAGGUCGGAAGGGCAGCAGGAAGCCUCCAGACCCGAAGGUGACUCAGGGGUUCAUUCCACCUACUGGCCCCAGAUGUCGGACACUGAGGUUCCGCAGCUGGAAAUAGGUUGGCCCGGCGGGGGGCUGUUCAAAGGAGUGACCCGGGUGACCGUGCACACACACCCGCCUAAAGACAACGGACCUCACAUCAAGGAGGUGGUUCGGAGGCUCAUCCAGGGGGCCAGCAAGGUGAUCGCUAUACUGAUGGACAUGCUCACGGACGUCCACAUCUUGCAGGACUUGAUGGACGCAGCUUCCCGUCGCUCUGUGCCUGUUUACAUCUUAUUAGAUAGUCAGGGUGUGCCUCACUUCCUGGACAUGUGUUCCAGACUUCAGAUUGGCGCACAGCACCUACGGAACAUCAGAGCUCGAACUCUGCAAGGAAUCGGCCUCGGUUUGUCCUUUGGGAAACUUCCUGGUUCCCUCUGUAAUAAAUACAUGCUGGUAGAUGGAGACAAAGUUGUGUUUGGCUCUUACAGUUUCACCUGGUCCACAGCUCGGAUGGACAGAAACAUGAUCACUGUGACCACCGGACAGGUGGUUGACUUCUAUGACAGAGACUUCCGUGAGCUUUAUGCCAUCUCUGAGAAACUUGACCUCUACAGGGAGUUUCACCUCAGCUCACCCACCACUAACUCCACAGCCACACUGCGUUCUAAAGCGGCGCCAAAGCGCCCCCCGUUACCAGCCACCACGUCCCGUUUCCAGGUCAGCUUAGGAGAUUCACGGAAUCCUGAAAUCCAGGUGCCUGCACACAAAUUCUACAAUCCCAAAUACGAGCUGGCGUUUGGAAACGUUCCACGUCCUACAGGAUCUCUGCAUGAGCUCGGAGCUAAGCAGGAUACAAUUCUGGCUGAGGUUUCUAAAGAGGGCAACAAUGGGAGGCCACGAGUGGCCAGCAGCGAGAAGAUGGACUGGAUGAGUCCACUUCCCUCAGAAGCUCCAAGUGAAAUCUUCAAAAGACACAAUGGGACGGCGCCAAAGAAAAAGAGUCUGGAGAGUCAUUUUCCAUGGAAGAAAAAAUCGUCUGCAGGGAAAUCCUCCUGGUCACAUUCUAGUAAAAGCAAAUCACAAACUAGUUCUCCCACAGAAACUCAUCCUGCAGAAGAGACUGAGGAUGCAACCAAAGGGAGUAAAAAAUCAUCUAAAGUGGAUAAAAGAACCAAGUCUCAAACUGCCAACUCUGCACACGAACACCAGAGUGAGAGUCCGCAGCGGGACAAAAAACGAGGAUGUAACGUGUCCUGAGCCCGGCCUGUUUCUUUACUACAGCAUGCAGUUGGACAUUAUUAAAACGGAACAUCAAACUACCACGAUACAUCCAUGAAUGAACACCCUUCCAGGUUAUGGUAAACUUGUGCAGUGUUAAUGUAAAAGGAAAGGAUGGUGAAAUGCAAUAUUUGUGACAUUUUAUUUCCUUUGAAUCUUGUUGGAGCUUCAGAUUCGUUCUCAAGGAACUCUGAUUUAUGUAGAGUUGACUUUAUAAAGUGGAUCAGAGAUGAGCUGUUUCUGUAAAACACCCAUUUAUGAGUGAUUUGGUGAAAUUAGUGAUCGAGCUGAACCUACUUUCAUAGCACUGGCUGGAUCACCAUGGCGACGCCUAGCGUGCGAAACACAUUUUCAUCUAGCUCAGCAGAAGACAGUGUUCAGUUUUUAAUGGGUUUUUCUUUUAAAUGACCUGUUUACUGAUGUUUUCGUAAAACUAACUGUAUUUGCUGUGUUUGUUCAGGAGUUCUUGGGACGAUGCAAACAUUUAGUUUUGUUUCAUUUUGUUUAGCAGUUAAGUGCUGAGUUUGUAAAUGGAGCACAAAUCCAGAAUUGUAAAAGUAAACCAUUAAACAAGGGAGCUUUCA